AUGCGCAGCUUUGCGCUGAACUCAGUCGCUGUCUGCCUCCUAUCGACCCGCGCCACCACCGCGCUUUCGGCCCGCGCCUGGCUCUCCGGUCGCGGAUCGCCCGCGCCGCCGCCGCUCAUCAUCGGCGGUGCGCUGCCUGAGCCCCCGGCGUCGCCGCUGGAGCUGCCGCUGCUUGCUCUUGGGCCUGACCCGCUGCUUCCUGGAGAGGCGCAGACGCGUGCCCUGUCCGAUCCCACCGCGAGACUGCUCGUCGAGUAUGCGGCCUCAAAAACAUCCUCCUGUUGCGGCCAGCUGAUGCUUCGCGGCGAGGACGAGGUGGUGGGCAUCUCCGGCCUCCUCGAGCUGGAGGCGUGCGAGGACGAAGAGGGCGGCGCGACCUUAGUGAGCAUCCGCUGCGUGGGCCGGGUCGGGGUGCUAGGGCUGAGUCAGCCGGACGAGGCUCGCCUGCCGGGCGGCGAGGGCGGCUUUCUGGUCGCGCUGGUCGAGCCAUACUGCGACGACGACGAGGACGCCGACGCAGAGAGGGAGGCGAUGGAGGACGCGCUCUCGGCAGCGGCCGAGGACGGGCCCGCUGGCGCGGCUGGCAUAUCGGAGGCCGAGGUGGUGGGGCAAGCGCGAGAGCUGCUGCGGAGUCUCGAGGGAGAGGUGCGCGAGUCGCACGCACGCGUCGCCGCGCUGCGCGCGCGGCUGUGGGACGCCCUCCGCGCUAAGUCCUGCCCGGUGGGCGACGAUGUCCCUCUGCCGGAGGAGACGACGCGCGACAGCGCCGAGGCGGCUGGCGGCGGUGGCGAGGGCGGCGACGGCAAGGGCGACGGCGGCUCGAACGGCGGCGAGGGCGACGGCGAGGGCGAGGGCGAGGGUGAGGCUGCCAGACUGCGCGAGGAGCUUCGAUCGCUCGGCGACGAGCGCGCCGCUCCGCUGGCGGCUCUCAUCGAGGCGCGUCGCGCAGUUCUCCGGUCGUCGCACGACGCACCGCCGCCUCUCUCGGCCGGCAGCCGGGCUCCCCUCGUCGCCGGUCCACCCGCCCCGCUGUCGGACCUAGAGGCCUCUGCCCGGGCCGCCUGGAUGGCCAAGCAGGGCCUCCCCGAGGGGAAGGCCGCCUCCUCCGCCGACGAGCCUCUUGGCGAGACGCUUGCGGAGCUGUGGGGCUUACCGCCCGGGUCGGGGGCGUGCCGCUCUAGAUGCUGUGCGUUCCACCGCGAGCAAGCCGCUGAGCGGCAGCUCCUCUCCUUUGCCGCCGCCGCGACGCUUGGCCCACAGAUCCGCGCGCACGCGCUCACUUGCACCAGCGCGACAGGGCGGCUCUCUGCCGCCCUCUGCGCGUUGCGGCAGCAGGAGCGGCGGCUCGCCGCGAUCCUCACGUUGCGCAACUCUGGCCUCCGCGCCGACUAG